UUCCUUUUCCCACCCGGACAAACUAUUGUAACGCACCACCAACGCUCUGGUGCUGAGCCGCUCAGCUUCAGCCCUCCUGCGUUUAAAUACGAUGUUCGGUUCUAACGUUCAGUUACAAACAUGGCGGAAGUGAUGGACGGAACGAAGAAGCGAGGCGAGACCGAACCUCCGAACUGGAUCCUGCAGCACCCGGUGUACCAGCAGAUGAAGGAACUGGAGGUUGGAGACAGCACACAGCUGCACGCAGCUUUUCUGGUGUUCAUGGACCUCACUGAGGUGCGCCAGUGGACGAAGGUGACCUAUGCCGAGAGUCCAGAGCUGCAGCUGGUUCUGCUGGAAGCCAAGGAGAAGGAUGGAGGUCCAGUUCAGACGGUUCUGCCUCUGCCUGUUCACCGUUCCCUGAGCCACAGGAGCAUACGCCACCUUCUGGACCGCGGGUUCCCUUUGCUGCUGUGUGCCGUGGCGUCCGACUCCACCCUGGUUUAUCAGAGGAUGACCGACGGGUUGGUGACUCCAGAACCCCCCGUGGGACUUUUCCAUGAUGCGGGUCGUCGGCAGAAGCAGCGGAGAAGAAAGCAGUGAUGGAUGUGUAGGCGGAGAGUGCGGAGGAGGGUGCAUUUAAACCAGCACCCUGACAGGCUGGAGGUCCGGCCUGUGGCCCAAGUUCAGAAUAUGAAGAAUGAGCCACAGGAGUGAGCGUGACCUCAACGUGGGCCUUCACCAGGUUCUGGUGCCGGUGUGCGGGUUGAACGUCCCACAUCAGGAUGCUGGUGAUGGUCUGGCGAAACCAAAGGUUUACUAACUUUGCUGUUAUUUUUAUGUCUUUGAUAUCCGAUCCGAACACAAAGUAAACAUCACUUGUGAUCCA